AUGUCAGCCAAAGAUCAGGUCUUGGAUGCAAUAAGGGAGUUGAUGAAUCAAUACAAAAGUGAGGAAAUCAGUAUAACAGUAAGUGGACACUGUCUAGGAGCUUCACUGGCCAUAAUGAACUCAACUGACAUAGUUGCUAAUGGAUAUAAUAAACCCCAAUACAUGGUCACAGUCUUCGCCUUUUCAAGUCCCAAGGUUGGAAACUCAGACUUCGUCACGAGAUUCAACAAACUCAACCAUCUUCAUCUCUUGCAUAUCAGACAUUUUAUUGAUCCUGUUCCUAAGCUUCCACCAGGUUCUAGUUACUCAGAAAUGAGAGUUCUUCUAUCCAUCACCAAGACUGAUUUCUCAGUCUUGGACCUUCUGCGAGGCGGCCAUAUCAUCCUUUCCAUCAUAGAAAUGUUAUUCAGGUUUCAUCAUUUGAAGAAUUUACUCACGACAGUAGAAAAACAGCAAGAAAAAGUUUUGCUCGCUUCAACAGCUGCUACCCCUACAAUUUCGGCGGUUGUGGGAACUACCAUUACAAAUCUUGAUAAGCUCAAUGAGUCAAAUUUGGUUGUGGGCACUGUCAUUGCAGAUCUUGAUGAGCUCGAUAAGUCAAAUUGGUUGUUGAAGAAUUGGAGAAUGACUGUUACAAAUUGUAUCUGCGAACUCCUCGAACUCAAACUGCCUAAUAAUCUUGCAAAAAUAUUAGUUAUAUAUUACUAA